AUGUUCCGAUGGCUCCUGGGCGGGAGAGAACCGCAGGCCGGAGCGGAGAAGACCACAGUGUUGAACAUUGGAGAAGAACAGAUCCAGAAUCCAUACACUGAGCUUACAGCGUUAAAAGGUCACCAUGAUAUCGUGCGCUUCGUUGUGCAAGUGGAUGACAACAGGUUUGCCUCAGCUUGUGAUGAUGGAUCAGUCAUGGUGUGGGAUCUUCAGACUGGAGAAGUCCUUUUUGAGUUCCAUGGUCACACUCAGAAGAUUACAGCAAUAGCUGUAUUUCCAGCCAGUGAAACUUAUCAUGUGAAGGCGAACCUGUUACUUACUGCAUCGUCUGAUAAAACAGUAAUUGCUUGGGAUUGUGAAAGUGGACAGCAGUGGCAAAAGGCUUCAGAUUUUUAUUCUACUGUAAAGACUUUGAUAGUUGUGCAAAGCUUGGAUGUCUGGCUUUCUGGUGGGACUGAGCUCCGGGUAUGGACUCGCAAUUUCAACCUCUUGGGAGAGACAGGAUUCUUUUCUGAUGAAGGUAUUGUAGCAUUGAUUGAACUGCCCAAGAACUGUGUGGCGGCAGCAGUUGGAAAAGAUUUGAGAAUCUUUAAAAUAGGCACCACUUCCAAAGAAUUGGAUAAAUGGGAUAUUUUUCAGAUUAAAUGCCUUUCAGGUCAUCAGGACAUUGUUCGAUCUGUGAUAAAUGUCAAUGAGUUAACGUUUGUGAGCGGCUGUGAUGCUGGGGAACUGAUUGUGUGGGAUGCUUUAAACUGGUCUAUCCAAGGUUGUGAAAGAAACUUCCCACACAUAUAUGCACAGCAAGACUCUCCUCCAGAGAAUAGACUGCUACCAACACAAGAGGAGGUUUCCAUACAACACCUGUCGUCUGAUGGAGAGUGUGUCUAUGUGGCAGUGGGAAGGGGAAUUUACGUUUACAAUUUACAUACAAAGAGAGUGAUUGCUUUGCAGAAGAAUGCUCAUGACUCCAGUAUACAGCACAUGGCAAAUAUUCCGAGCAGGCAGCUUGUUUCGUGUUCAGAAGAUGGCAGUGUUCGCAUUUGGGAGUUGAGAUCAAAACCACAGCUCCAGGCAGAGCCUGUGCCAGCAGGUUUUUUCACUAUGUGGGGCUUUGGAAAAGGCAGUAAGCAGUCCAAUCAAGUAGUGAAGAAGACCAAUGAAAAUGGCAUUGUAGCUUCCUUAGAGCUGAUUGGAGAUUUGAUUGGACAUUCUUCUUCUGUAGAGAUGUUCCUGUAUUUUCAAGAUCAUGGCCUAGUCACAUGCUCAGCUGACCAGCUCAUCAUCCUUUGGAAGGAAGGAAAGCGUGAAUCCAGAUUACGUAGUCUUUUGCUUUUUCAGAAAUUAGAGCAAAAUGGAGACUUGCAGCCUCGAUUUUCCCUCCACUAA